AUGGACGCCGAGGAGCGUGCCGAGCGUUUUCGGCCGCGUGAGGAUGUAGCGGCUGUGCGUCUCGCGGAGCUCAAGGAGCAGUAUGCGCGGAAGCGCGAGGCAUACGUGGCACAGGGCACGAAGCUCGUCGGGACGUGCAUGGACAUGUGCCCUGAGUACGAGCGCGUGGAGCGUGAGGUGCAAAAGGAGCUGGACCGAUUCGAGGUCGUGCCAGGCACGCAGCAAGCCGAUGCGCGUCUAGCCGUGAAAAUUUACCGGCGUCCUGCAGCUGGUCGUGAGCUGCCGCUGCCGGAGGAGGUGCGUCCGCCCGCGGUCCUGCAGCAGACGCUGGAUUAUCUGGUGCACCAGCUCGUCCCGCGCGAGCCAAGUGAUCCGCACUUUGCCGCCGCUCAGCCCUUCCUGUGGAAUCGCACACGUGCGAUUCGGCAGGACUUUAUCGUGCAGAGCGAAAGCGGCGCCAUUGCGAUCGCUUGUCACGAGCGCAUCGCACGUUACCACAUCUUGUGUCUGCACUGGAAGGGCGGCGUAGGUGCGGAGGCGUGGAGCGAGCAGCAGGAACUCGAGCAGCUCCGCAAGACACUGCGCAGUCUUAUGGAGUACUAUGAUGAUGCACGCGCUAUCGGACACACGUACGACACCGAGCCCGAGUUCCGCGCCUACAAUCUGCUGCUGCACGUCCGCGAUCCCGAGGCACUACGAGAAGUCGAACUCCUGCCGGCGCCCGUGUUCUUAGCACCGCCGCUGCAGUGGGCUCUGACAUUCCGCACGAUGAUCCAGCGCUCCAACCUGCUCGAGAAGCGCGGGCAGCCAAGCAACACCGAGGCGACGCCUAACUUCUUCACCCGUGCCAUGGAUGCUGUGCGCCGUCCCGACGUCGGAUACCUCAUGGCCUGCCUCGCAGAGAACCUCUUUCCCACCGUACGCAUCGGCGCUGUCAAGGCACUUGCCCGCGCCUACCUUCCCCAGCACCAUGGCCUCCCGCUCACAUACCUCACUCGCAUCCUCGGCAUGGACACCGACGACGACACGACCGCCUUUUUGCGCACGCUCAACGUGGAAGUGGAUCGAGACGUGGCGAAAAUCAAUCGGGCGCUCGUGCUUGAUGAAGACAAGUCCAUGCCCUCGCCGUUCAGUCGUACGAUCGUCGAGGCCAAGCGUGGGCAGAGUACAUGCCAAGACAUCAUCGAUGCGCGUCAAACGGCGCCCCCAUCCGCUGCCGCUAUACCCCCUGUGCCCCGACCGGCGCCUCGUCUCGCUUCACCGCCCAUGGCCCGACCCGCACCCGCACCGGCGGCCACAACGGCGUCCAAACCGAAGUCGUUCUUGGCACCCCCGCCGGCACCCCCACCAGCCCCCCAUCUUGUACCGCCGCUCAUGGCGCCCAAGAAAGCGCCCCCUGUCCCUCCAGCUAAACCUCCUGCACCUCCUGCACCUCCUGCCCCCGCUCGACGUAUACCACGCGACCGCUGGGCCGCCCAGCUUGCUGCGCUAGCUGUCCACGAGGUCAUACAAACCAGCGUCCACAAUGCAGUCCACGCUGCCAUGAGAGCCGAGCAUGGACGCCGUCGAAAAGAAAGGCGGCAUGCGCUGCUGAAUGCCCUGACCCGCCGUGUGUAUCAGCGCCUCGUGGCUGAGCCAGUUGCGACAUGCACCCGUGUCGCUGCCAUGCAGGGCAUCGCGACCGCGCGGCAUGAACGCACGAUGCAGACUCGCAUCUGGACGCACUGGCGCGCCGUGCAUGCCAAAGUCCAGGACCGAAACACGCAGGCCGAGCGCCUCGAAUAUCUCCGUGCACGACUGCCCCCACGCGUCGUGUCUCACCACACUCCCGUGCACCAACGCGCUCAUGCACCUCGGCUGUCCGACACCGAGCGGCAGGCGGCGUUUGUCGAGGCACAGGCCACCAGUUCUCGGCUCUGGGAGCAUGGAUCGAUGGCGCGUGCACUGAUCGAGCAUGUGGCCGCCCAGUCCAGCGAUACGCCGGGCAUGUGGACAGCCGCCAUCUACCUCUCGACCGGCGCUGGAGAUCGCUGGCUCCGGCACAAACUCGCGCUGGACACACAAACUCGGCUAGUGCACACGCUGCCCCAAGGCACGACGGUGCAACUUCUCGAUGCAAGUGUGUAUCCUGUCCAAGACGCGCAACUGGCGCUGGUGCAUGGCCAGCACGACGUGGGCUCAGCGUCCGCCGUGCUGGCCAUCGUGUGGCAUGCCUCGGAAGCCAGGGACCUGCCGUAUCCUGCGCUUGUCCUGGACGAUCCACGCGCAGAUCCUGAUGCGCUGUUCCGCCAUGCUCUUGAUACACUCGUGCCGCCUAUCCACGCUGUGGCAGAGCGCACCGAGUCACAGAGCGCGUGGGAGCCGCUGUGGAAUGUGUGGCUCGAAACGUCCGAUGCAUGCGAUGCUAUGCACGUGCAAGAUGCGUAUGAGGAAAUGAACGUGCUCACGACCCUCGCGAACGCCUUUCUCCGAACUGUGGGAGCCCCACGUACCAUUCCACCUCCCGAACAACGCUCCGCGCCGGCCGAUGUGCUCGCCCUAUCUCAGCUGGAGGCACUGCCUUGGCACGACGAAUCCGUGGCUCUCCUGCGUGCCCAUGUCGUCGAGCGUGCACAACGCCACGCCUUUCGUCCCGGCGCCUUUAUGCAGACGCUCCUUACGCUCGCCCUCGAGGGAGCCGAGUAUGCGCCAGACGUAUCCGUGGUCCCCGAGUACCGGCAGCUUUGUAUGCAACUCCUCACAGGACUGCAACCGGCACCUCCGCCCAUGCUCCCACCUAAGCGGCCAUGCACACCGCCGGCGCAUACACCCAAACGCAUCCGCAGCGCCGAAGAUGCCAGUAUGCGGCUUCGACGCGCCGUAGCCCAAUCCGCUCAGCUGCUCGCCGCUCCCUUGGAAAAAUAG